AUGGCCAAACCUCAGAUUAAAAUUAGAGCCUUCAUUUUCAACAUUGGUACACCAAAUGAAGUAAGAUUAAAAUGUACGGCAAAUGGAUUACCUGAUCUCGGAAGGAAAAAAAGACGCGAGUUAGCAUUACUAAAGAAUGUGAUACAAAAUGAUGAUUCAAGGCCAAUUGCAAAUAUUGCAGACAAUACGACAUUCCCUAAUGAAAAAGAUUUCGGUGAAUUUAUAACUGAAAUAUGA